CGUCCGUCUUUUCGGCUUUCGGCUCGGAGGAGGCAACGGUGCAACUUUCUUCGGUCGUCCCGAAUCCGGGUUCAUCCGACACCAGCCGCCUCCGCCAUGCCGCCCAAGUUCGACCCCAACGAGAUCAAAGUCGUGUACUUGAGGUGCACCGGAGGUGAGGUCGGCGCCACAUCCGCCUUGGCUCCUAAGAUCGGUCCUCUGGGUCUGUCUCCAAAAAAAGUUGGUGAUGACAUUGCCAAGGCUACCGGUGACUGGAAAGGUCUGAGGAUUACGGUGAAACUGACCAUCCAGAACAGACAGGCCCAGAUUGAGGUGGUGCCCUCUGCCUCUGCCCUGAUCAUCAAAGCCCUCAAGGAGCCUCCAAGAGACAGGAAGAAGCAGAAGAACAUUAAACACAGCGGAAACAUCACUUUUGAUGAGAUUGUCAGCAUUGCCCGGCAGAUGAGACACCGCUCUUUGGCCAGAGAACUUUCUGGGACUAUCAAGGAGAUCCUUGGUACUGCACAGUCUGUGGGCUGCAAUGUGGAUGGCCGCCACCCUCAUGACAUCAUAGAUGACAUCAACAGUGGUGCAGUGGAGUGCCCAGCUAGUUAAGAAGCAACAAGAAAAUAUUUCAAUAAAAGAUGAUCUGAUAA